UCAACCAUGUCUAAAGUGAGACGAGCAACUCAUUCCGGGAGUUGGUACAGCGAUUCCGGUGAUGAGCUUAGGAACCAAUUAGACGGCUGGUUAUCAAAGCCUAAAUCUCUCAGUCACCCAGCCAAGGCUAUCAUAGCACCGCAUGCUGGAUAUUACUAUUGUGGGGCAUGUGGUGCUCAUGCUUACAAGCACAUUGAUCCUUCUAGAGUGAAACGUGUGUUUAUAUUGGGUCCUUCCCAUCAUGUAAGAUUAUCUGGUUGUGCUUUAUCCAGUGCUGAAAAGUAUGUAACACCUUUAUAUGAUCUACAUAUAGACAGUAAAGUUUAUGAGGAGUUAUAUUCUACCAAUUCAUUUGAAGUGAUGUCUAUGAAUAUCGAUGAAGAUGAACAUAGUAUUGAAAUGCAUUUGCCUUACAUAGCCAAGGUUAUGGAAAGUCAUAAAGAUGAGUUUACCAUUAUACCAAUAUUAGUGGGGUCCUUAUCACCAGAGAAAGAGGAGCAUUAUGGUAAAAUAUUGAGUCGUUAUCUGGCUGAUCCUGAAUCUCUAUUCAUAAUAUCAUCAGAUUUCUGUCAUUGGGGUCGAAGGUUCCGGUAUACAGAUUAUGAUCAAUCUCAAGGUGAAGUCUGGCAGUCUAUAGAAGCUCUUGAUAAAAAGGCUAUGGAUAUCAUAGAAAAAAUGGAUCCACAAGGAUUUACCCAAUAUUUAGUUGACUAUCAAAACACUAUAUGUGGUCGCCAUCCAAUUGGUGUACUCUUACAUGUAAACAGUAUACGUAAAAAUGGCAAUGGAUUAAAGUUGUCUUUCAAAUUCACCAAAUAUUCUCAAUCAAGUAAAUGUAAAUCAACACAGGAUUCUUCUGUUAGCUAUGCAGCCGGUUGUCUGAUGUUUCACUGA